GAGUAAAUAAGAUCGACCUGAGGUGAUGAGAAUUUCAUCUCCAACCACGCCCUCGUCCGAGAGAUUCGACAGUCUUCCGUCAGAUAUUCAAGACAAUGAUCUUGUAGCUCUCUCAGAACUGUGACAGCGAGACAAUCGGCAGCCAUGACGUUGUCCAAGCUGGUUUGGAACAGCUUCGUCUUCGGCUACGGCACUCUUGUGUUGCCAGCCUUUUUGCUUCUAGCUUUCAUUCGAAAGCCGAACUUCAGAAGAUUGAACGCGGAAGACAAGAAGGAGCUUGUCGCGGCACGCGAGCGGUUAUGGAAUUUGGAACGGCAACCUUUUGGCCUCCACCAUCGUUUCUGUGUCUUGCGCUGUGGUGCAAAACUUCAUUAUGUCGAGAGCAUCCAGCGCGAGCAGACAUCCACCUCCAAUCUUGUCAUCUUCAUGCAUGGUUAUCCUGACAGCUACGCGUUGUGGAAGCGUUACCUUCAAAACCCGCGUUUGGCCACUCGGGCGACCUUGAUCGCGGUUGACCUGCCUGGUUUCGGCGGUUCCGACAGCAUGGAUCGAUAUGGCCCAGCCGAGGUCAUGGAAGCGAUCACAGAGUUCAUCCUGAAGAUGAGAGAGAAAUAUGUAAGCGACGACAAUAGCAGCAGCAGCAGCAGCAGUAGCAGAGUCGUUGUCGUAGCUCACGACUGGGGCGCCAUGGUUGGCUUCAGACUCGCAGCCGAGGCCCCUCAACUAGCGGACCACUUUAUCUUGGGCAAUUGCAUACAUCCACCAUUAGCAGUUUCAAAUGUGAAGACUCGCCUGGCCUCGGCUGGACAGAUGGUGAGAACCUGGCUGCGUUCACCUCUGAAGGUCCGGCUGCUUCGACGAGCUUUCCGAAACAUCACGCCACUCCUACGACAACUUGUCAAAUCAGGCUAUGUGUUUGUCUUUAAUUUGCCUUUUCCAAUGGCGAAUUUGAUUGGGCAUGUCGGUGACUACUGGUGGUUCCGCUAUCUCAAUGCCGUUUCCACCCAUCCCGAUCCCCCAAAGCCUCUCAGCGGAGUUCACGGCGCAGAACUUCUAGCGGGCUCUGUUGGGCCCAGUCUGCGAGAAUGUCCUACGGCGCUGAAGGACUCGGAACUUACAUACUCAGAUUCCGUGCGCAGGCGUGCGAGGACUGGUGGCUUCCAAGACAAGAUCAGCUUCUAUCGGCAUGGCCUUGCGUUCGCGCCGUGGGAGAAAUCACUCGAGGCACUUUGGGAACUCGACCAGCUUCAGCAGCGAAAAGGCAGACAGCGAUCUGCCAGCUGUGCGGCGAUUUUUGACACGGGCCCGGAAGGAUCGUUGCAAGCACCUACUACAGUCAUCUGGGGCAAGGGCGAUGUUGCAAUCGAGAACGCCAUCGCCUUGGAGGGCUUCCGAGACUAUUUUGGCGUCAAGAACAGCCAGGUGGUCGUUGUGUCUGAUUGCGGGCAUUGGAGCCCGCUGGAGAAGCAAGGCGCUCCCAUAUUCGAGAACGCGAUAGAAUGGGCUGUUGAGGGAGGCAAGGUUUCUCUUCGAAACAAGCUCGGAAACAACUAUCCAAUGGCCCAGAUCACUUCAGAGCGAUGAUCGGGCUAGCACUCGUACUACCAAAAUGGCGACCAGCAUACGCAGUGACGCAUAGGACGACGGUCGAAAAAAGCUACGUCCCCAAGCGUCUUCCAGGCGGAUCUGUGUCCACCGCGUUGGAUUCAUUGCGUUGUUAGGAUUUCACCGCAGCUGUAGCAGUGUUGGGGCCUCGUGAGGAGUUGAACAACAUGGCGUCAUCAGGCUUAGGGCUGUUGCGUUCUGGUUGACCAUUGUAGCACUCCUGCUAUCGAUUAAAAUGGAUCUGAACCGCUUUUGAC